UAUUCGCCCAUAUUUAUAACAUUCCUCCUAGUGACUAGAGACAGAGUCGACGCUCGUAAUCCAUCCUCGUGGCAAUGGAGUCAUCAAUGGAGUCGUUCUCUUUUUCGUUCAAGUUGUUAGUGAUCGGCUUGAUCGUCGUUAGUCUGGCCAAGUUGAUCAGUUUGUUUCAUCACCAGUACAGUUACUGGAAAAAGAGACACGUUCCUCAUGUGGGGGCGAUGCCUGUAUUUGGAUCCGCGUGGAAACUGUUCACCCGUUGCGUGUCCCUUCCCGAUUAUUGCACGUUCGUCUACAAUUAUUAUCCGAACGCAAGGUACGUCGGUAUGAUGGAUUUCUCUACGCCAGUUGUGGUAAUUCGGGAUCCAGAGAUGAUCAGGGAGAUAGCUGUGAAGAAUUUUGAGCAUUUUCCCGAUCAUCAGAGUUUCAUCAACGAAAAGAUAGAUCCGAUCUUCGGGAAAAACGUGUUCUCCUUGAAAGGUGAUCGAUGGAGAGAGAUGAGGAACACACUGAGUCCAUCCUUCACAGCUAGCAAGAUGCGAUUCAUGUUCGAGCUGGUAUCUAAAUGUUCUGAGGAAUUCGUCGACCAUUUAUAUAAUCAUCCAGAAUUGUCGUGUUCGAUAGAGGCGAAAGAUGCGUUCACUAGGUAUACCAACGACGUAAUUGCCACUGUGGCUUUCGGAAUAAGUGUGAAUUCGUUGAAAAACCGGAACAACGAGUUCUAUAAAAAAGGAGCGGAUGCGACGAAUUUUGGUGGUCUUUUUCGGUUACUCAAGUUUCUGUUAUUUCGUAUGAAUCCACGUUUAACCAGAAUGGCAGGAUUAUCGUUUCUUUCACGCGAUACCGCCAGCUUCUUCCAUAGGGUCGUUUCUGAAACUGUGAAGGCACGGGACGAGCAAAAUAUCGUUCGACCGGACAUGAUUCACCUUUUGAUGCAGGCUAGGGAUAAGGAGAAGCCUGCCACACAUCAGAUGACUAUCGAUGAUAUCACAGCUCAGGCGUUCAUCUUCUUUUUGGCUGGUUUUGACACGUCCUCCACCUUGAUGUGUUACAUGGUUCACGAGCUGGCGCUUAAUCCGGACGUACAAGAGAAAUUACAGAAAGAGGUGGAUCGAUAUGUGGAAGAAGGAAACGGAUUUAUUUCGUACGAGGCUCUCUCGAAAAUGGAGUACAUGGAAAUGGUGACAUCAGAGACACUUCGGAAAUAUCCUCCGAUAGUUUUCAUCGAUAGGUUGUGCGCGCAAAAGUUUCAACUGCCUCCAGCGGAAUCUGGCUACAACUAUUUAACCGUAUAUCCAGAUAACAUCGUUUGGUUUCCUGUUUACGCAUUGCAUCGCGAUCCCAAGUAUUUUCCUGACCCAGAGAAGUUCGAUCCAGAACGUUUUAACCACGUGAAUAAGGAUAACAUCGUUCCUUAUACGUACUUACCGUUUGGCCUCGGGCCGCGAAAAUGCAUAGGCAAUCGUUUUGCCUUAAUGGAGACCAAGAUUCUGAUAGCUUAUCUGUUGCACAGAUUCCACUUGAAAAUCACCGAAAGAACGAAAACACCUAUUGAAUUUAGCAAGACGAACUUUUCGUUGACUCCUGAUCAAGGGUUUUGGAUUGGUCUCGAAAGAAGGAACUUUUAGAUUCGUUUUCAUUUUCCUCGUUUUGUUUGUUACUUUGGUUAAGAGUGACGUGCACCGGUGUUACGUGUAUAUUGAUCUUUCUGUUUUAUAAGCGAAAUAUUUACGGCGAUAUUUAAUGUUUGUACACGACGAUGAAAUUAAAUUUAAGAUCGUGAAUUUUCAUUCGAACGCGGCACAACAUUUGGCUUAUUAAAUACGAAUGUAAAUUUUUAUUUCAAUAUCACAAUAUAAUUGGAAAUUUUAAAACCUUCGGUAUUUCGUUUCCUUUAACUGUAAAAAGAUCCAAACAGAAAUAAAUAUGUGUAUAUUGUUAAAGAAAAGAGUGUAUGGUAUCGUUUCGAAGGUAGUAAGUGAUAAGAUUCAUUUAUAGGCAACUACUAUUUUAUAUUAUUAUUAAUUCUAAUAUAUUACAGUUACCUCUACUUUUAUCUAACAUUACUUUCUGUCGACAAUUAUACUCUGUUGUUAUUCGCGUCAUGUAAAUUCCUUAUUCUAAAAAUACAAGCUGCAUAGUGUGGUUUCGAUGAAGAAACUUUUCAAAUGGAAA